ACAGCUUUCCUCCUGAACUGCUUCACGAACUGCCAGCAAAAGUUGUCCGUCAUCAGGUGAAAAUCGCACGCUCUCGGAGUUGGCUGCGUGAAAAAGUACAAAAAGUCGUGAAAUUUCCCGUUCGAACCGAACCAGAGUUGUGAAUUAUUACUGCCGAAGGAACCUAAACUCCAAAUAAAAACAUGGCACGCUAUCGCGAGUGGGACCUCCAGUGCAAGGUCUACGUCGGCAAUCUGGGCUCGUCCGCCUCCAAGCACGAGAUCGAGGGCGCCUUCGGAAAGUACGGCCCGCUGCGAAACGUCUGGGUGGCCCGCAAUCCGCCGGGUUUCGCCUUCGUUGAAUUCGAGGACAAACGUGACGCCGAAGACGCGGUGCGAUCGCUCGAUGGAACGAGAUGUUGUGGAACUCGGAUCCGAGUGGAGAUGUCCUCGGGCCGGACUCGCCGUGAUGACCGCAGAAGGCCGCCUCGGCGCUCGUACAGAUCCCGAUCGCCGCGCCGUUC